AAAUUGUAUUCAAACUGCUAUAGUCUGUAUAACAACCCAACUGUAAAAAUCCAGGUCCAGAAGAAAAGAUCAGUUUCUUUCUUCACCAUUCUUACUUUGAAGGCAAACUCAACAAUGGCUAAUUCAUCAGGACUCCUCAAACUAGGGACUCUUGUAAUCUUCGUAUCCAUGCUUAUCAUGAGUUUCUCCCAUGGAGGGCAAGCACAAAUCUCCUGUGACACUGUUGACAACGACCUGUUUCCAUGCCUUAGCUUCGUCCUGAAUGGAGGAAAAGUUGCACCAGCUUGCUGCAGUGGGAUUAAGACUCUACUCAGCCUGGCUAAGACUCAAACUGAUCGCCAGAGUGUUUGUUCUUGCUUGAAAUCUGUUGCUCAGAGUGCUACUAAUGGUCAGCUCAAGAAUGCUGCUCAAAUCCCUCAUCUGUGUGGUGUUAAUCUCCCAUUCCAGAUUUCUCGCAACAUCGACUGCUCAAAGGUGAAGUGAGCUUGAUGGACAAUUGAGAUGCGUUGCAUCACUUUGCAAUCUUGAAUGGAUUGUAAAAAUUUAUCAUUAUUAAUGCCAGUGAAAGAAUAUGCCAAAUGUUAUGUAUUAUGUUAUCUCAAGCAUAUAUGUAUGAAUUCGUAUAUAUAUAUGUAUGUAUGUAUGGAAAGUUACUCAUCACUUCACAUAAUAUUGUUCACAGAUUGA